AAUCCAGUCUAUAAUCCCACCGUCUUUCCUUGCAUCCUUUCUUUCCUUCACCAUGGUUUGCGCAGUUUCACCCGUUCCUGCCAUCUCCAUAUCCCCCGCUCCUCCUCAGGAACCAACAUAUGAGCCCUUCUCACCGUUCUCACCUUUCUCUGAAGUGAACCUGAAGGAACCUGACAGUCCCCGACCCGCCUUGUUGUCUCCGCCACCAGUCUUGUCGCCUCGUUCGCCCAGGCAAUUGUCGCCGCUUCGUCCCAGCGAUGCUCCCGUACACGGACAAGGUCUUGAACGUGACCGUUUUGAGGCCCUGCUCCGGGCGUCUAGGGAGCGCAACUCUGCCGUUGGUGGCAAGAGAUCUCCCGACCUCCGCAAGGAGAUAGCAUUGAAAGUGCACAAGAGCAAGCAAGUCGAAAGACGCGCUCUCUUCCUGUCCAAGGUCUUGGCACCUCCCUCCCCAACGGCCACGUUGGUACCAAAGACGCCUCCCGAAUCACCGGCCAUCUUCCACUACUCCUUACCCUCCCCGGGUUUGGAAUCUCCGAUUGCUGUGUUCGAGACUUUGGCGCUCGAGAAUCCCUAUGAACCUCCUCGUUAUGGUUGGGUAGAGCAGGUCGACUAUCGCAUCCAAGGCCAGGAAUAUAUUAAGCCUAUGCCGCGCAGUGCAUCGAUGAUCGGGAGGAAAUACUUGCCCUCGCUGGAUGAGAUCACAGCUCGUCUCAGUUUCCAAGGCCAUGUGUCUGCUAAACCAGAGAGCAAGCCACGCUUCUCUGCACGUCUGCCUUCGUUCUUGAAUGCAGAGGCGAAGGCUCCAGAGUCACCGAAGCCAAGGCGUCCUCCGCCCAUCGCGGUUGGUCGUCUUCAAUUCCCCUUUCGAUCCAAUUCUCCACCCGCACUCGUGGAGGAGAAAAUGGAAAUUCAUUCACCUGCCCCAUGCUUCCCUCCUCCUUCCCCUUCCGCUGUCCCAACUCCCACAUUGCAGGUUGUUACCACUGUUGUUCCCCGCACUUCGUCGAAGUCGCCCUCUGAAUUCACUGAGCACAACCUCAAAGCUUUCGUGUUACACUCUCGCGAACGCACUGCUAGAGACAUGCUCUCGCGGCUUCGUCGUCGUACGCUUACCUUCAACGCCGAGUCAUCGGUCUCCGUUGCCGGUAGCAAGAACGAGGAACGUAAACUUCGCAGGCACAGUGCUCCUCCUGAGCUCCCUCUCAGAGAACGCAGAGGCUUCACUCAACCUGUAUUGAAUUUACCUGGCGCGUUCUGAUCCGUUGCCAUUGGAUUGAACUAUAUCAAGGUCGUGUAACAUAUUUCGGAUAUUGGAUAUCCUUUGGAUGAUCAUUUUAUUUCGGUGGAACUAUACCAAUCCCAUGUUGCGGGUUUGCAUAUUUCGGUUUCAGGAUUUCUAGACGGUUUCCCUCUUCCCUUCUCGCUUUCCUACCGGCCUAUUGCUUUUCCAUUGCUUUAAGGUGGCGGUUGUACUAUGCAGGAUGUGGUCGGCUUGGUCAAGGUGGCGUUGCGUAGCAAGACGUUUUCGAACCCUUCUACCUUGCCUUCCCCAACGCCCAUAACCUGUUCGAUUUUCCUUGAGUAGGCUGUGCCUAUCUCACCAUUCUACCAUUCGCUUGCACUUGUCGCGUCCCCCACAAUCUCUUGUCGCAUCACUACCGUCGUACCUCGUAUUGUUACGGAUGGAAGGGCUGAGCCCUAGCCGGAAGCCCCUGUAGCCCUGGUUAAAAAUCAUCUAUCUCUAUGGAAUAAGAUACUUUAUAAGCA